UUCUAGAAAAAUGAUUUUUCCAGUAUCUUCUCUUAUUUUUGCUGCAAAUCUGGCCUCUUGUAGCAUGGGAUCUGUUGCUGCUCAAUCAACUGUUGUACUUCUCGGGGGAAGCAUUGAAAAUGGAGUAACUGAAUCGCAUCCCUGUGAUAUGGCUAUAGGGGAUAUUGGUUAUCUACCAGGACUAGGAGCUGCAGUUUUGAACGAAAAAAUAGUUUACUGCGGGGGAACUGAUGGUGGAGUUCCGCAGAGUAAAUGCUAUCAGAAUGAGGGGAUGGACUGGGUUGAGAUUGAAGGUAUGAACGUGGCCAGAGCAUACUAUACGUUUACUACUGUAGGAGACAAGAUACUUGCUGCAGGAGGAACAUCUUUGGAGGGAUUGACUUCUACUAUGGAGGUCUUUGAUGGUUCCUGGAGCACUCUAGACUUUGGUUUGACAUCUGCUAGAGCAAGAUACUGUGCUGUUCCACUCAGUGGAAAUGAGGUAAUAAUGCUGGGGGGAGGGGACUCUAACUACCAGCUACUCUCAUUAGUGGAAAUAUAUGAUUUAUCUGAAGGAUUCAUUACAGAACUACCAUCAAUGCCUACUCCAAGGAUGUCCUUUGCUUGUUCGUAUUUCAAGGAAGAGAUCUGGGCAGUUGGAGGAUACAAUCGUGGUAGUCCUCUGGAUACUGUUGAAAUCCUCACAACUAGAGAUGGCACCUGGAGGACAGGGCCUCAUCUACUCAGACCUAGAGGUUACCUCACCAUGCAUGUUCUAGAGGAGGAGCUUGUAGUGUUUGCAGGAUAUAGGGGUGAGGGUAGUCUAGAACGGUAUAAUGGAGAAGAGUGGAAGGAAGAAUCUAUAAAAUAUUUCCAUGGUGAACAUGCCUCAGUCAUCCUGCCAUGCAAUUAGGGGUAUCAUGGAAAUAAAUAAUUGAGUUUAAAUUGUCCUGUAGGUUUUUAUAGAAUAAACUUAUUUUUUUAA